AUGAUUUUAGGGCAAAGUCCUCGUCGAAGUAGCUCUUUGCGAAUCUUCGUACCUCGAAAGGGACAGCAACAAAUCUUCAGACGCUCUCAAGGAUCACGCAUUAUUCAGAAGAGUCAUAAGCGACACUUGCACGAUGGUCAGAAUGACAAGAAGCACCAAACACCAAUUUCCGUCGCAACGCCACUGGUAUUUGCUCCAAAACCAAGCUCGAAACAGUCAAUUCAUUCCUUGAAAGGCACUGCCUCCAUACUCGACCCAAAGUGGGCACACUUGUCACCUUGCAUCGGUGCGGCUCUAUCCACUUCUCCAUUGAUUGGUAAUUUGAUCAAGCUGGCAUCACGAUAUUCUCCGGAGAAUGAUGACAGCAGUGCUACUGAUCAUGAUGAUGAUGAUGAUGAUGACGAUGAUGAUAACGAAUCAUCUCCCUCCAGCCAUCACCGAAAACGUUUGUACGAUACCGCCACACUCGCCAAUCAGGUCUUUUUUCAAAUCAUGCCGGAAUCCUCCUUGUUUCUCAAGAGGACCAAAUCCAUGCCGGCUGCCUAUCUAACACCGCGACUGAUUGGUACGAUUGUGGGACGUUCCACCAUCGUGGCCAAAGCAAUGGACAUUAACACUAUCCGUGACUACCUUCGAAACGAGUUUGAUAUUCGUUCCAACAAGAUUGGGAAUAAAUGGACUGGCGUUUCGUUGAAUCGGUGGGUGGAUCUCUUUCGCUUAAGCAGCCAUCAUCAUCAUCAUCAUCAUCAUCAUCAUCAUCAUCAUCAUCAUCAUCAUCAUCAUCAUGAGGAGGAGGAGGAGGAGGAGGAGGCGUCAACUACUCCUAAUUUGGAUUGGAUGCCCCUUUCAAUCUGGUCCGUGGCCUUGUGGGAAGUCAGUCAUAAUCUACCACCAGACAAUACCCAAACACCCCAAGAGAGUUGGCUGGAAUAUUUGCUCGAGUGUGAUGCCCAUGUACAGCAGCAAUUUGGUUCAGACGAGUCCAUCUUUCGUAAAGAGGACGACUUGGCGCAGGCGUUAAAGCGCAGAGAUCCAUCGGCAAUGAAGAAAUGGCAGGAACAAACCUUUUGUGCCAACCGAGACCUGAGAGAGGCGAAUUUCCAAGACUCGAUGGAUCAGCUGCUGGAGAUUUGGGAGGGAACGACGACAAGUUGUGAUGGAUUGAGCAGCGAAGACUGGACUAAAGCUAGUUUGGCCUUGGAAAUUGUUUGCGCGUCUGUUGCUUUGGGCCAAAAAGUAUCAGGUUCCGGUACAAUAAGUGCACCAUCGAAUGGCAAGAAGGACACGACGAAGCUGUCCGAUAAACCAGUCGUUCCGAAUGGAUAUUUCAGUGUCGAUGAAGGGGAUUUGAAAGCAGACUGUGUCGAAGUUACUAUUCGAGAAAUCAUUGAUCUUUUGCUAUGGAAUGAAGACAUUGGCGCGAUGGAUCUUUUGCGACUCCCAUCCACAGCAUCUGCUGAUCUCAAAAUCUUUUAUGAAAGGCUCGAUCAGCCUGAAGCUGCUGCCUUUGAUGUUGGACAGGAAUGGUUCAACAUUUUGAGUGGGCUACCUGGAUGCGACUAUUUGGCAGUCGGAAAGGUUCGAGGGAUACCUUAUGAACUAGCACCUACAAUGGACAAUGUGGCCCGAGUUUGCCAAAGCCUUGUGAUGCACGGUGGCACUAAUGCGCCUGACUCGACCACGGGUCUCGGUAGCAUUUCUGAAGAAUCGUCACAUUGGAAGUCGCUCGAAGAUGUUGCCAAUGGAUGGAAGGGUGGACCUCCGUUGCACGUGCAAAGCGAUGCUCUAAUUCACCAGGACGCUUCGAAUCCUGGUGGUGAUUCCAAAAAGUAUGAGAUUGCCACGCUUCAAGUCGAGGGCAAUCCCAACUGUAUUGAGAUUCGAAUGCGCUGCGACUGGGCUCAGAAAUCUGGAUUCAGUGCUGUCACUCAUUUGAAAGAGGGCAGAUCCAUAUAUGAUAAUAAAAGGAAAGAGACAAUGCGGUCACUUUUGCAGUCAAAGGGUGCUAAUGCCACCAAAUCGUUUUCAUUUGGCCAGCUUGGCAAUCUCCUUGCGCUUUCACAGAAUUCAGAUCUGGGGCUGCUGUCGCCUCUUGUUGUCAAGAACAAAGACAAAGGUGACUUAGAUUUACUACUACUGGAUUUGCUUGUCACAAGAUUUGGUUGUGAUCGCCGAGGGAUUGUCAGCCACUUUUCAAACUCUGACCCAAUGCAGCAACGCGCUCGGCAACAAGAAUUUGAUCGUCAGCAGACCGAACAAAACCAUGAUUUACUUCGAAGUGCGCUGCAUCAAAUCUGCGACCUCUGCGACCAUGAUAGAGAGCUCUGUAAGAUGCUCUUGAUCUCUUUCCUUCAGGAAUCUGCAGACGUGGUAGAAUCAUCGUCUGGGAAUGCUACUGGUACUGUGGAUGUGGAUGAAAGUCUCGAGGUGAAAAUCGCAUCUCUCCCGCAAGAUAUCUUGUCAUCGAGUCUCGCCCAGCAGGCACUCUGGAAUUCCAGGUCUGGAAUCAUUCGAGGGAAAGUUCUUGCUGCGUGUGCCGAAUUGAAAUCCGGCACUAUCUCUUGGUGGGAUGUUCUUUUAAGUGACUUUAGUCCAAGCGAAAUCAUCUCAGUUUUAGCACUCCUGCGUGCAUCUCACGGAUGA